CCCUUCAGGUGCUUGGAAUGUGGGAAGAGCUUCAGGGAGAGCUCAAAACUCCUCAGGCACCAGCACAUCCACACUGGGGAAUGGCCCUACACGUGUGGGGAAUGUGGGAAGAGCUUCAGGAGCAACUCCAACCUGAUCCAACACCAGCGCAUCCACACUGGGGAGAGGCCCUACAAAUGUGGGGAAUGUGGGAAGAGCUUCAGGACCAGCUCCCACCUCCGCAGGCACCAACUCAUCCACACUGGGGAACGACACUACAUGUGUGAGCAAUGUAGGAAGAGCUUCAUUGAGAGAUCCACCCUGCUCCAACACCAGCGCAUCCACACUGAGGAACGGCCCUACAAGUGCUUGCAAUGUGGGAAGAGGUUUCCGAGCAGCUCCAGGCUCCUCCUGCAUGAGCGGAUACACACAGAGGAGAGGCCCUUCCGCUGCACCGACUGCGGGAAGGGCUUCAAACGCAACUUCCACCUCAUCACCCACCGGCGCAUCCACACCGGGGAGAGGCCCUACAAGUGUGGGGAGUGUGGGAAGAGCUUCAGCAACAGCGCCAACUUGACCAGACACCAACGCACCCACCAGUAAGAAAAGCCCUGCGAGUGCCCCGACUGCAGGAAGAGCUUCGGCCGCUGCUCCCACCCUGAAUGACCCCCCUGAUGGUGAGGCAACCCCUGGAGUCCAGGGACUG